UGCCUCUGUGUCACGUUCAUUGGGCCUGAACACGACUGUCACGGGGAGGUGUCCUCCUCUCCUUUUCCUCUUCUCGGCUCUAUAAAUUGAGGGGAGACAUUCUCCACCAAAGCAGCCAAGAAAGCUCUCUCCUGGUUGUCAAGAUCCGUUCGGGGAAAGUCUGCUUUCCCAAAUCCAAGAAACCAAAAUGAACAUUCUUUUCCGGCUGGGUGUCCUCUGCAUCGCGGUGGCUGUGUGCCAUGGAGCCUGCUUUAGAAAGCUGAAUGAAGUGGUGAUCAAAGACGGUAAACUGGAGGAGCCUGUGUGCACCGAUGUGUACGAUGGGAGCAAGCACCCCGUGGGCGAUUCUUGGAACACAGCUCACUGUAUAGGAUGCAACUGCUACACAGACAGGAUGGAGUGCUGCACCAGAUACGGUGGCGUUGCGCAUGUUCAAGGAUGUGUAGCAGUGGUUGAUAAAACAACAUGCAAAUAUAAGUUCUAUAAGGAGGCGAAUCCAUCAGAACCAUGUUUUGAAGAAGGCCAGGAACCCCUGAAAUGAAUGGGGAGCAAAUAAAUAAAUGAGCCUCUGCAUCUAAAA